GCCAGCAACGAGCGAGAAGACCCAACCUAGCCCAGACUUUCCCAUCCAUUGACCAGUCCUGUCGUUUGCAAUGCCGAAACAGAACAGCGUGCAAAUAUUCGACAGCCGCUACAUUGACAAAUCAAGGCUUGAAACGCUUUUGAAGGCACUUUACGAUGGAUCUGAAUACAGCGUUCGGCGGCAACUCGAUAAAUGGAGGGUGGAAGCACCGGAACCCCUUGAACGGAAGCAGAUUGAAGCGCUGCGGCGCUAAGGAUGUCCACAACAGCGACAGACGCUGAUGCCGGUCGUCAUCUGCUCUGGAUUUGAAUUUGAAUUAAGAAGCAUUGAGAAACCCUGUGGAGUCAGAGGAAUAGAAUGAUUGGGAUUUACUGUAACAAAAACACACUUACUGUGUGAUCGGAGUUGAAGAAAAAGUGCGAAUUUCCACAAGAAGGGGAAUGAGACCUCCAGGACCGACAGGCGUCGGGUACGGACACUGAGAACUUGGAACACUCGAGUAGAGCGCACCACCAUGGUCUGAUAUUUCAUCUGAAAUCAGGACACGCUGUCUUCACUACUUAAUUCCCACGAAAUCAGGGAGUACCAACAGCAAUUUUUUCUG